UUAUACAUACUGUAGUUAUCAUGUCUGUUGUUAAAGGAAAAUCUGGUGUUGGGUACCAAAAAGGCAGCUCUGGUGAUGACUGUGGUGGUGGAUAUCAGCAAGGAGGAUCUGGCAGUGGCUAUCAGAAAGGUAGCUCUGGUGGCGGAUGUCAGUCAAGUGGCUCUGGUGAUGGAUGUAAACUAGGUAGCUCAGGAGGGGGCUAUCAACAAGGCAGCUCUGGUGGUGACUGUAGUGGCGGAUAUCAGCAAGGAGGUUCUGGAGGUGGAUAUCCAAAAGGAAGCUCUGGAGGUGACUGUGGUGCCGGAUAUCAGCAAGGAGGUUCAGGAGGUGGAUAUCAACAAGGCAGCUCUGGAGGUGACUGUGGUGGUGGAUAUGGCAAGCAGAACAUGACCUUGUGUGGAGAUGACCAGCAGAAAGGUGGAUCCUGUACAUCUGGUGGCUCCGGACAACAAUGUCAAGAUCAAGGUUCAUGUGGCAGCGGUAGUAAAUCAGGUGGUGGUGCCGGUUGGGGCCAAGAUUCUUGCGAUGGUAGCAAAUCAGAUGCCAGCCAGGGAAAAGGAACAGGAGCAUGCAAGAAGUGAACAGAAUGCUGGAUCUUUAAAACAGCAAAAUUUAUAAUCUAAUCAAUACAUAGACACCUUACCCUGAUG